AGUUACCGCUUACGUCAUUGUGCGCCCGUAGAAAAAAAGUACAGCCCAGGAAUUAAACAUUGUGAUAAUUAUUGGAUUAUUUGUUGUUACGUGUUUAGAGGUUUAUACACAAUGGCGUUAGAAACGGUGCCGAAAGAUCUCCGCCACCUCCGGGCGUGUCUGUUAUGCUCUCUCGUGAAGACGAUUGACCAGUUUGAAUAUGAUGGAUGUGAUAAUUGUGAGUCGUACCUUCAGAUGAAGGGCAACAGAGAAAUGGUUUAUGAAUGCACAAGUUCCUCAUUUGAUGGUGUUACAGCCAUGAUGAGUCCAGAAGACAGCUGGGUGGCUAAAUGGCAGAGAAUAGUUAACUUCAAGCCAGGUGUAUAUGCAGUGUCAGUGACAGGCCGACUUCCUCCAGGUGUGGUGAGAGAGCUGAAAAGCAGAGGAGUGAUCUACAAAUCCAGAGACACAGCAGUUAAAACAUAAUUCGGGUUCUUCCCUGUUUUCUUUUCGUUAUGUUUGCCUGAUUACACCUACAAAACCACACCUGCAGUGCUGUGGAGCUGCUUGCUUUUUCUUUUCUUUCUUUGAUUAAAACCUAAAAUAAAGGUCUGUUUUAUAAU